CAGAAGCUCAGCUCAUUUCUUCGCUUGGCAGGCCACACCUACCUUUUAUUCUAUCUAGGGCAGGGAGAUUUCUGGAGAUCGUAAGCUUCCUAGCUAUGGCAAACUCAGAUGCCAGAACGAGUGGUGAUGCCACACGAGUUUUGGGAGGUGAGUACCAAGUGUUCUUAAGUUUUAGAGGACCUGACACUCGUUAUGGAUUUACAGAUUUCCUCUACCAUGGCUUGGUGGAUGUGGGAGUCUGCGUAUUCAGGGAUGAAGAUGAACUCCGAGUUGGUGAAGUGAUUAGUGAGAACAUUCUAUGUGCCAUCAACAACUCCGUAGUCUACAUACCAAUCUUCUCUCAAAGUUAUGCUUCUAGUAAAUGGUGUCUACGUGAGCUUGCGCAAAUUGUACAUAACGUGUCUAAGUCAAAGGGUAGAAAAAGUAUCCUUCCCAUUUUUCUCGAUGUGGAACCUGAGGAUGUUAAACUUAAGACUCCACAAUAUAGCAAUGCUUUACUUGAACAUGCGCACAAGUUUCCAGAUGAAGUCAAGGCAUGGAGAAAGGCUCUUGUAGAGGUUGAUGAACUCAAGGGAUGGAAUGUGAAAAAGGAUCAAGGCCAAGCAGCGAUUGUCAAGUUGGUUGUUGAAAAGGUUUUGGAGAGGCUGGAAAUAAAACAAAAAUCAGUGACUGAGCAUUUACUUGGACUUGAUGAUCGGGUAAAAGACUUGAUAGAUUUAUUAGAUGUCAACCAUCAUGAUGUGCGGCUCAUUGGAAUUUACGGAAUGGGUGGCAUUGGUAAAACAACUAUUGCCAAGGUCGUCUUUAAUCAACUAUCUUCCAACUUUGGGAAUUGUAGAAGCUUCCUUGAUGACGUCCGAGAAAGCUCGUUGACCAAAGAGGGCAUAGUUCAGUUGCAAAAGAAAUUACUGUCUGACAUUGUCGGUUCUGGAUUCGCAAAAAAAGUCAAGGAUGGUGAACAAGGAAUGAGGAGGAUUGGAGAAAUGCUCUGUACGAAGAAGGUCCUUGUGGUCCUGGAUGAUGUUGAUAAUAAAGAGCAUAUUAAGAAACUUAUAGGAAAUAACUCAUUACAUUCCGGAUCUAGAAUAAUUAUUACAACGAGAAACACAACUGUUCUACAAGUUGAGGGAUUUAAAGGUGAAAUUUUACCAUAUGAGAUGCUAAAGAUGGAUUAUGGUCUUGCAUUUCAGCUUUUUAGUCGACAUACCUUUGGUAGAGACUUCCCUUUGGAUGAUGAUUAUGGGCUUUCAAGUGAAGUUGUCUCAAGUAUGGGAGGGCUUCCUUUGGCUAUUAAAGUGAUAGGUUCGUUACUUAAUGGGAAACGGAAGAUAUUUUGGAAAGAGACAUUGCUCAGGUUAAAGAAUGUACCCGAGGAAGAGAUUCUAGAUAAGUUGAGGAUUAGUUAUGAUGACCUAGACGAAUAUCAACAACAAAUUUUUCUCGAUAUAGCGUGCCUCUUUUCCAAUGAGAACAAGACUGAUGCAAUUUACAUGUGGGACGAUUGUCAAUUUUAUCCCCUAAGAGGAAUUGAAGUGCUUACUGAGAGGUGCUUGAUAAAGAUAUUGGAUAAUGAUAAGUUCUGGAUGCAUGAUCAACUCAUAGCUUUGGGAAGGGAAAUUGUUCGUCGAGAAACUCCAAGUGACCUUGGAAAGCGGAGUAGGUUGUGGACUGCAAAAGAGGCUCUUGAAAUCAUUAGAACCGAAGAGAGGAAGGACAAGGUUCAAGUGCUUCAAAUAGAUGGACUACAUGACUCCAUGGAGAUUACAAAUGAAGAGUUUGGAAGGUUACAAAACCUAAGAUUCCUCAAGUUACACAAUGGAACCUAUGUUGGGGACUUUGCAAAGUGUCAUUCAAAAUUGAGAUGGUUUUCUUGGCAUCCUCUUCAUCAGAAUUUUAAGGCGGAUAAUAUGUUUUUGGAUCAUCUCAUUGUUUUUAAACUUGACAAUAAUGGUUUCGCGGAUGAUUCGAAAGCAUGGGACUUGAUCAAGAGAGCACAUAAUUUGAAAGUUCUAUCUCUUACUGGGUGUGAUGGCAUAACUUCAAUCCCAAACUUCUCUAAAUGCUUGGGUUUAGAGAAGUUGACUCUAGCACACUGCAAUAGGCUAGAGAGAAUUGAAAGCUUCAUUGGAGAUCUAAAGUCAUUGAUUGAGUUAGAAGUUGAAUGGUGCAAGUGUCUCUUAGAUUUGCCUGAAGAAGUGGGGGAACUAGUGAAGCUUAAGCGCUUCUCAUUGAGGGGGUGUUCUAGGUUGAGAGAACUUCCAGGCUCAUUUGGAAACAUUACCUCAUUGAUUGAGCUAGACUUAUCUCGUACGGGGAUUGCUGAACUUCCAAACUCCAUUGAGAGACUAGUGAAACUUGAGUCAUUUCUUCUAACUGACAUGGGAAUAAGGGAACUUCCCAACUCCAUUGGAAAGUUAAAAUCGUUACGCGUCUUAUGUUUAUCGAAAGGAUUUUCUUCUCUGAAGCAUCAUGUGUGGCAGUUACCUAGUGGCAUUAGCAUGUUGGAAAAUCUUGAAGAGCUGGAUCUUUCUGGGCGUGAUGAAAUGAAAGGUGAAAUUCCUAUUGGAAUUGGAGAAUUGUCGUAUUUAAGAAUCCUAAAUUUAAAUCAUACCCGCAUUAGCAGAAUUCCAAGGACGAUCAACAUGCUUCAUCGCCUCAAAACACUAAUUCUUGAAUCUAAGUCAUUGCUCUUAGUCCCUAAUCUAUCUAACCUUACCAAUUUGGUUGAACUGCUACUAAGUGAUGGCUCUCGUAAUACAGACAAAUCAAGCCUAAUCACAAUAAGCAACUUAAGGUGGAUUGGGAGGUUAUCUAAACUGAAGAAGUUGGAGUUAAAUCUGUUAAACGUCCCUGCACCUCCUGAGUUGGCUUCUCUUUCUCAGCUAGAAGAGCUUACUUUGUCUCACUUAGACCUAGAAACCCUUGUGCAGCUUCCAUCCUCUCUGCUGAGAUUAAAUUUAGCAUCCUUUAGCAUUGGAUGGGAAGAGUUACUCCACUCCUGCUUGAGAUUGAGAAAUUUGUCUUCUUUAGAGUUAUGUUAUGGUGAAGUAAAAGACAUUCCACUUGAUGGACUUCCACAAUUGGAGUUCUUAACUGUUUAUGGUUGUAAACUGCUUCAGAGAUUAACUAUUCCUUUGGAAUUAAGGAAGCUACGGCGAGCGCAUGUGUCAUCUUGUCCAGAGCUCGUUGAAAUAGAAGUCGUGGGUCUUUCAAAAUCAUUGGAAUUCGUCUUUGUGCUUGGGUGCAAAUCUUUGAGAAGAAUACAUGGGUUAUCAUACUUAAAGAGUCUGAAGGAAUUGGUAAUCCUAUUGUGCGAUGUGCUUACCAAUGUUGAGGGCCUUCACGAGCUAAAGUCUCUAAAAUUCUUGAAUGUAAAAGGGUGCACGUCAUUGAGAAGGUUGAUUGAUGAUUCUUGCACAAAUAUACCAGAUGAUUGCCUCAUCGAAAUACAAGGGUGUGGAGACUUUAUCAAAGAUUCUGCUGCAACCUACCCUUCUGGAAUCACUUUGAAGCGAUACAAAGAGGAGAUUUUUCCGGAUACACCAAACUUUGAAUCCAAAUCAGAUAAGACAAUAUAUGAAGGUGAUCAGGAGACAGAGAAUGAUCCUACAAAUAGAGACGUAGGAGAUGCGACUGGAGUCGUUUUAAGCUCAGGGAAGGGCACAGCCUGGCGUUCAGGAAGUGAUGUGACUUUCAGCUCAGGAAGCAGUAAAGGUUUGAGAUCACAAAACGGCUUUGACUUCAGGAACAAAUUCAGAAUAUUAAAGAUUUCAGCAUGCUUUAGAAGUUCGUGCACGGAAUCAUCCACACCCAGAGAAGUCGUCAGAGGAGCAAUUUCUGGACCAACCGCAUGAGAUUGAAAAGCUUGAAAUUUGGGUUUCUUGUCAUAGUUCUUUAGCUGAAUCAAUGACAAUAGUCACUAUGCAUUUUAUGACCAGCUGUUCUCUUUCUCGGUAAACAUCGAUCAAGUAGACGGCCAUAGGUGGUUAUUCAACUAUUUUGUGUAACAAAUGGUAAUCGCAGUUACAUUCUGUUCAUUAUAGUGUUCCUCUAGUUCUUCCAAA